CCGAGUCCCUUUUUCAACCUUCACUGCGAGCUCGGCAACGAGAGGGGCACCUUCAAGCAGGGGUCGAUAAAGAACCACUUCUAAUAUUUAUACACACGUACAGGAAUCAUGUCCUUCCUCUCUAUCGCAAGACUAGCCCCAAGGUUCCUCAGUUCAAAGAAUGCAUCCGUCGUUGUGGCCGCCAGACAUGCCAGUGCUUCCACGAAUUUGAAAGAUGUCCUGUCAGACCUCAUCCCCAAAGAACAGAGCAGAAUCAAGAACUUCAGACAGCAGCAUGGCAAGACCUCAAUCGGUCAGAUCACUGUGGACAUGGUUUAUGGAGGAAUGAGAGGCAUGAAGGGUUUGGUGUACGAGACAUCUGUGCUCGACCCCGAUGAGGGCAUCCGUUUCCGUGGUUACAGCAUUCCAGAGUGUCAGCAGCUGUUGCCCAAGGCACCUGGUGGAGAAGAGCCGCUGCCUGAGGGUCUGUUCUGGCUUCUGAUCACAGGACAGGUUCCUACUGACGAGCAGGUGAGUUGGUUGUCAAAAGAGUGGGCCAAGCGCGCGGCUCUUCCCUCCCACGUGGUCACCAUGCUGGAUAAUUUCCCCACCAAUCUACACCCCAUGUCUCAGUUCAGUGCCGCCAUCACGGCUCUAAACAGUGAGAGCAGUUUUGCUCGGGCCUACUCUGAGGGAGUGAACAAGGCCAAGUACUGGGAGUUUGUGUAUGAGGACUCCAUGGACUUGAUUGCCAAACUCCCCUGUGUGGCGGCCAAGAUUUACCGUAACCUGUACCGUGAGGGCAGCAGCAUUGGCGCCAUCGACUCCAACCUGGACUGGUCACACAACUUCACCAACAUGCUGGGCUACAGCGAGUCACAGUUCACAGAACUCAUGAGGCUCUACCUCACCAUCCACAGUGACCAUGAGGGUGGAAACGUCAGCGCACACACAAGUCAUUUGGUAGGCAGUGCUCUGUCCGACCCCUACCUCUCCUUCAGUGCUGCUAUGAACGGCCUGGCCGGACCCCUGCACGGACUGGCCAAUCAGGAGGUGCUGGUGUGGCUGACAGCCCUGCAGAAGGAGCUCGGUGGAGAGGUGUCGGAUGAGAAAAUGAGAGAUUACAUCUGGAACACACUUAAAUCAGGCAGAGUGGUGCCUGGCUAUGGCCAUGCUGUGCUGAGGAAGACAGAUCCCCGCUACACCUGUCAACGCGAGUUUGCCCUUAAGCACCUUCCUAAUGACCCCAUGUUCAAGCUGGUGGCUCAACUGUACAAGAUCGUACCCAAUGUGCUCCUGGAGCAGGGCAAGGCCAAAAACCCAUGGCCCAAUGUAGAUGCUCACAGUGGAGUCCUGUUGCAGUACUAUGGCAUGACUGAGAUGAACUAUUACACCGUGUUGUUCGGCGUGUCCCGGGCCCUGGGUGUUCUGGCCCAGCUGGUGUGGAGCAGAGCGCUCGGCUUCCCUCUUGAACGUCCCAAGUCCAUGAGCACGGACGGACUCAUGACCCUGGUUGGGACCAAAUCGGGCUAGAGAGGGAGAGACCAUGCCAGCGGAGUGAGAACAGGAAGGGGAGGAGAUUUAAACUAUAUUAGAAACAAGCCCCUGGGCUAAGGGAUUCCAAGAGACAGUACACUUUUAAAUUUCCUCUAAAAAAGGGCCUUUGUUAUUAAUAAUGUCAAGAUGAUACGUCCCAUUUGCAUUCAUAAUACUUCACACAUCACGAUUCUUACACUCGAGAAUAUUUGUAACUCUCGUUUCGUCACAUUACCCAGUCACUGCUUGUGGUCGCUUAUCAAUCCUCCUCCCCAGUUUUCCCACAUAAAUGUAUUUCUCACUGUUUUCUUUUUUUUUUCUUCUUCAGACCGUACAAUUCAUUGUUCCGUGUGCAGUGAACAAGCUUGAAUGAUGCAGCUACAGGUUUAGCGGGUGGUUUGACGAAGGAAUCUCUGUUAUUGUCCAAGUAUGCAGCAAGAAAUCACCCUUUUCUAUUUAAACUGAUAAAGACACUAGUGUAUACUAGUGCAGAAGACUUAAGUGCUUCACUUAGUAUGCAAAUAAACAAGAGUACUUUAUCCUUAGCUGUCAUACCAACUACUUCAGUUUAAGUAUUUCAUUUUACUUUCCUGGAGUCAGAUGUUCACUGGAGCCUCUGUUUUGUACACGGAAAUGAAUUGACGAAGCCCUGAGCCGGUCAGAUAAUUCUGUGCAAUUUGACUAGGCGUCCCUCUAGCUAACAUAAACGUGUUUCUCCUUGCACGAGCACUCCACAGUGGCGUAAAAGGUCCUCUCUCAAUAGAAUUGAUUCUGUGAGUUCAGUUCAACUUGGGAAAGUUGUAUAUUUGUUUAAAAGGGUACUGCCCCUUUAAGUCAACUCUGUAUUGCUCUCUAACUUCAGCCAAUCAUCUUCAUCUUUUUCCUGCAUGUUGUUUGAAUGCACUUGUUUUGGCCACACAUCUUUAUUUGAAAUAACCAAUUCUUUCAAUUAUACGAAUGUCCUUUUCCCCUUAUUACUUCAGUGGACAUAAUGUUGAGACAGUCAAAACAGAACAUUUCAAGCAGCUAGAACUCUAUAUUUUCGAGGUCCUGUUGAAUUUUCUGUGUUUUUCUAGCUGUUAUGAUUUUCUGUCCUUUUUUCCCUGUGUUUAGAAGAACAUGUCUUGUGUAAACAUAUAAAAGAGGAAACCAGUCAUUUUGUGUAGGUAUACAUGAUUUCAGGUUUUAUUUAUUUCUGUUAAUAUAGCUUGAAUGUAUGAACCACUUAAAGCAAUCAUAUCAAAACACUGAUGUCUUACCAGCCCAAUUAGUCAAUGAACCACUCACUAUAACAUAAUGUCUAUAACUCAUUCAUCAAACUCUUUAUUUACAAGAAAUAUAUAUAUCACAAUAAAUUGUAUGAUCUGCUCCGGUUUGGCACGCACAGGUCCUGUUUCAUUUUAUGGUUGCUCUCGAGUUAAACACUGACUUGUGGGGAAGGGAGAUAAUCCCGCAUCUUUUGUCGGUUCAUAAGCACUCCAUUAACUAACAACAGCACUUCUCCUUAAAUCACCACAUCCUUGUAAUCCUGUUCCAUUUAUAGUGAGAACAUUUAUCCAGUUUUUCCAUUCCUUCAUGGUGUUCAUGCGUGAUUCUUGUCAUGUCGGGUUAAUUUAAAUUGAGGAAUGUGAAUUAUGGAGAUGAUUGGUUGGAAGUCUGAUCCACCAGGGGAAAUGGGAGGGGAACAAUAAAAUGGUGUAUAAAUGUAUCUGGAUUGAUUUGGGAAGAGAAGCUUAGGCAAACAAAAAAAUGGGAAAACUUGACAAAAAAGGAAAGCCAAUAAAUGUUUUUAACAAAA